UCAGAAAAAAAACGCCCAAAAAAAUAUCAACAAUAUAAAAAAAGGAAUUUACCUUUUCCUCCUUCCCAUUCGAAACCCCUCAAACAAAAUUUCAAUAUAUUCUGUUCCUUCUUUCUUUCUACUCUCACAACUCUCAUCUCAAUUCUCACUCCUCAGAUUCAAAUCGAGCUAUUCAGAAACCCUAAUUUUUGAAGCAUGGGUCAGAUCCAGUACUCUGAGAAGUAUUUCGAUGAUACUUAUGAGUAUAGGCAUGUUGUUCUGCCUCCUGAAGUCGCUAAGUUGCUUCCCAAGAAUCGGCUCCUCUCUGAAAAUGAGUGGCGUGCAAUAGGAGUUCAGCAAAGCCGAGGUUGGGUUCACUAUGCAAUUCAUCGUCCCGAGCCACACAUCAUGCUUUUCAGGAGGCCUUUGAAUUAUCAGCAGCAGCAGGACAACCAGGCCCAGCAAAGCAUGCUUGUCAAAUGAUGAUGAUGCUUUAACUUCUAUUAAAAAUCGGAAUACAGUAUUAUAUAUAGGGUUUUUUAAUUUCUGUUAGCACAUGGAUGUUGUGGUAUAUUCUCUUCUGUGGAGAAUUUGAAUAUGGUUUUCAUUUUCGUUUAAAUGUUUCUGCAGAUACAAUGGUUUCGUAAAUGUUUGUUGGUGUACUUCUCGUGUACUCUACCUUUCGUGGAUUAUAAUUGUCUGCUCGUUACUUUAUGCUAAUGUUUUGCAGAA